AUGCUUUCAGAUCAAAAACUGAAAACCAAAAUAGAAUAUUUACAUACUGUAUGUUCCACUAUGCUUUCACAUUCGCUACGAGAUCAGGAUAAAAUACUAAACAAUAUAAUAACUGUAACAAAAUAUGCAUUACAAGAACAGCUACUAACUUAUGAACCAAAUGCUAUCAUUAUAUGUACGCUUAAACUUCUUUUAUAUUACAACGAAAAUUUAUCCCAUACUGAACACAUAUGCGAAUGGAAACGUCGAAAAAAACGGCGGCUUGCAAAAGAGUGUUAUGAUAGUUUAUUACAAAUAUACAUUCCUGAAAAAUCAAAGGAAAUUCUCGAAGCAGUACUCAAUAUGAUUUAUAAGGACAAGCUUUGGGAGUUUGAAACCUUUUGUUUCGAAAUUAUGUGCAGUCUAGUGGAAUACGGUGUUAGCGGAGCAUUAAUGAUCCAUACGAUAUGGGACAAAAUUGAAGCCCCGAAUAUGAAUAUAGAAGACUCAAGAAGAAUUAUAAGAAUAUUAUACGAAUUGUUGGAUGUUUAUACCUGGCCAGAUACUCAUGAUACCGUAGUAGUAAUAAGAAGAGUUCUGAACCUUUUUUACAUCAGCGUAACUACUACACAAUCUAAUAUCAAUUCUAUGCCGUACGCAAUGCUCAAGAAGGGUUUGGAAGUUUGCAUUAUAAAUAUGGUCAAACAUAUAUGCAACGACCAUCUUCUUAUCAUAGUGCAGUACAUGUGUUCGUGGGCUAUAGAAAAAGGAAUGACGGAUGAGGUUAUUUUAGAAUUUGGUAGUACGCUUGAAUAUACAGCUUAUAUGCACGAAGUGACUCUAUAUGAAAAAACCUUAACGCCAAAGAUAUUUCCACUAUUGAUGGAAAUGAUAGGAUCGAAAAGUAAAAUAACAAGUUUACUGGGUAAUAGAGUUAUACAAUAUUUACUCGACAGACAAGAAAAUAAACUGAACUUUGACACGCCUAAAAUAUUCUUUGAGAAUACCCAGUUCGAUCUUACGAUAGGUGAAUGCCUCAACGAGGAUAAAUUGUUUUGCAAACUUCAUCGGGAGAUCUUGCACGAUAAUCUUUUAAAGAGCAUUAUAAAUCAUUGCUCGUCGCGUAUGAAUUUGGAAACAACAUAUUGUACAAUUUGUUUGAUCGCGAUAGAAGUCCCAUGCGGAUUUACAGCAGCAGCUCUAGUUUGUCUUAUAAUGAAUCUGCAAGAUUUGACUUUAAAACAACAGAGAAAUAUUCACGGAGUAUCUUACCACAUGCACGCUACAGUAAUAGCGAUUAUGUCUCUUUUAUGUUGGAUUCAUAAAGCCAGAGUAUUUUACGAAUACGUAAAUAAAAUUAUGUUGGAAAGGGCGCAAUGGGCGCCACACUUGAAUCCACCAAUACAAUCCCAAUAUAAUUUUGCGGCGCAUCAUAUCCUUUGGGAUAAACCAGAUUUAUUUUUCGUAGAUUGGGAAGCUCGUUACGGCUUAUGGAAAUGUUUUCGUUUACGUGAAAAUGAGGAUGAUUCGCAGGAUAUAUAA